UAUAGCAGGGGGCUUUUUGCGCGCAACUGGUUGGCCAGAGGCACACGCUAAAGCCAGCAGCUAUCCCUUCGCGUGGUGCGGCUAGCGUUCAGCGAGUUCGAUGCGGAGGAUCCAUAACCUAACAUAACCAACGACUGCGAAUCUAUCACUCCAGACUUCAGAGCAAGAGUUUUUAUUACAUUCAACAACAACGACCCUCUUUCAGUUAUUGCCUGUGGCUCGUACCUUACGCUCUGUGGUUCUAUUUCAUUGGCCUCGACCUGCCCAAGAAGGGCGUCCACGACACGGUAUUUCACGGGACUAUGCGCGGUAUCCUACAUAAGCCGUGGGCCAAAGCCUUCCGCCGCUCCGAAGCCGAAGCAGCUCGUCGUUUCAAAGAACAAGACUGUUAUGCUGUUGUUGAUUCGAGUUGCUAAGCCUAGUAUAUUAUGCUACCAUGAUCAUGAUGUACUUUCGAGUCCCAUUGAUGCAGAAGUGCUAUGUUGAUUCGAGUUGCUAUAGUGUUUUCCGAUCAUUUCGAUUUAUAGACAUGGAGAUAGAAAAUAAGACAAGAAUCUAGUAAUAUCAUCGUAUCGUGGACCACUGGUCAACAUAGACAUCAAAUAAUGAGGUUUUCAGUAGCGACUGCGACCAGACAGAGACCACAGUUCUACUUCUAACAUCCGGAAUUCGGAAAGGAUUUUGCGUUAUAUCUUGCUGUCCAUAUGGUCGCAACCAACACCUUCGGAACGGCCAUGGGGAUCCUUUGUUUUCAAGCAGAAUGGCUUCACGGCAUUACUCUGUUAUGGAUGGAUGAUACACGAGGAACAUCAGGAUCAGUCAGUGGACGUCAGUCAGUUGGCUAAUACUUUUGGGAGAUAUUUAUUUUGCUAAAAAUACCUUUGUAGAAGCACGACUCGAGAUUUUUCUUUUUGUAACUCGUGAACAACAAGAUGAAAGUUAACCCUCUUCUUGUGUCCCCUAGCAGCACAUCAGCUCUAAUCCGCAUUGCUGUCA